AUGAUCGCGCCGGGCAAGCUAAUUCUCACUGCGGCAUUCGCGCUGUUUCUCCUGGACGAUGCGGACUUCGCGACGGCGACUGCGACUCUUCGUCUGCGCUCUACUUUCGAUGAUCGUACACGUGAAGUUGCUCGGUCCUUGCGAGCGCCAGAGCGGGCUGUCGACAAGAACCUCAAACUCGAAGAGGAGAGGGGGGGCUCCUCGGAUUUGGCGAGUACAGUUAAGAAGUUGUGGAAAGUUCACCCAUAUGCGACUGAGGACCAUAUAAACAAGAUGGCUGUCCUCGCUAAGCUUUCUAAGAAGUCGACGGCGGCCGACAACAUCGAAUGGCUGAAUGGGCAUGCCGCAAAGAAAGAAAAUAAGAGAGACGCACGCUAUGCGCAAUGGGCUAAAGACAAGAUGGAACCUGAGAUGCUCAAAGCAGCAAUCCGUGCUUUUCGCAUACCCGACGAACACUUGGGUGCGCAGAAAACGCUUCAAAAGUAUGAGACACAUGUUGCGAUGGAUCUGUUGCAGACUCUUGGCUGGGACAGGAACCCGAAUACGCUCGACGAUUGGAUUGUGGGGAUGAAAGAUGUCUUCAAAGAACACGAGAGAUAUACCCCUCAAUUUUUUGGCAGUGUAUACCCUGAAGACCUUGCACUUGCACUCAAGCGUGUUACAAGUUACAUACAUGACCAAAAUAAAGCGGAGGCGUUGCUCGAAGAGUACAGGCGUUUUCAUGGAACUUCUUUUACUGAUAGUUGA